AUGGGUAUGAGGUCGGUGUUGGAAAUGGUGGCAACGUCCGUGGAAGCUCUGGAGGAACGUCAUUCACAGGGGGAUAGUGGUGGACGAGUGGCUGAGGCAGAAGAAGGCAAGGGAAGGUUGGGCAUGGGAGGGCCCGACGGUGGAGCAAGUUGCCGGGUUGGUGGCCCUGGAUCCGUGCAAAUUGAAGACCUGGUGCAGGCUUUUUGCCAUCCCGACGUCUUGCUGAAGGCUGCCCAAGUUCUGCUUGAAUCUAGGUCGCGUUCCUCCAGGUUGCGGCGAACAAUGCGGGAUUCAUGUCGUGACACAGCGCAUAGGAGCAGCACUUGA